AUGACAACAAUCGCUUCACUCAAGCGGCUUUCAGCCAAAACCCUCUCUGAGAAGAUCCUCGAGGAAGUCAACGCCACAGAUCCCACAUUCGCUAUUAUCGAUGUUCGUGAUAAUGAUUACAUUGGCGGACAUAUCAAGGGCUCAACAAACAUCCCCGCACAUACUCUCGACGCCAUGAUGCCAACUUUGGUUCGUCGCCUGAAAGACAAAAAGACAGUUGUCUUUCACUGCGCACUCAGUCAACAGCGGGGUCCGAGUGCGGCACUAAAGUAUCUGCGCGAGCGGGAUGGUCUUUUGAGGUCUAUGGGUGAAGACCCCAAGGGAGAGAGCGGUCAAGAUGUUUAUGUGUUGGACAGGGGAUUCUCAGGAUGGCAAGAGGUUUACGGAGAGGAUGAACGAUUGACGGAGGGAUACGUUAAGGAUUUGUGGGAAAAUUAUUAA